AUGGUGCCUUUGCCAAGGUUGCCCCGGGUCGCCGUGUGUGGAGGUACCCAUGGCAAUGAGCUGUCCGGUGUGUAUUUGGUGCGAGAGCUGCUGAAACUGCAGAGAGAAGUUAUGAAGAAAGAGCAAGAGGAGGACUCGAAGCCUGCGUUGGUGCUGCUGGUGCUGUCAAACCCGCGGGCAAUGCAGCAUUGUCGCCGAUACGUAGACACUGAUCUGAACCGCUGCUUUACCCACGCCACCCUCAAUGGUCCCUUCUCAGACAUGGCCCCCUAUGAGAUCAUCAGGUCCCGAGAGCUGAACGCCCUGCUAGGACCCAAGGGCAGUCCGGAGGCAGUGGAUUUGGUCUGCGACCUCCACAACACCACUGCCAACAUGGGCCUGUGCUUCAUCGGAUACUCUGACUGUGACUGGAUCUGCCUGCACAUAUUUAGACACCUGCAAAGGGAGAUGCCAGAUACACCAAUGAGAUUCCUACAUUUUGAUGUGUCCAACAAAGAGUCCUAUUCCCUUGAUUCACUGGGAAAACAUGGCUUUGCCAUGGAGAUCGGCCCUCAGCCUCACGGCGUGGUGAGGUCAAACAUCUAUACAGCAAUGAAAGUGGGUGUCCAGCACAUGCUUGACUGGGUCCGCCUCUUUAACUCAGGUAAUGUGUUUGAGGGAGGAUUUGUGGACGUGUUCACCAUGGUUAAACACAUCGACUACCCGAGAGACAGCGAGACCCGCAAUAUCACAGCAGCCAUUCAUCCUUGUCUCCAGGACCGAGACUUCUGCCUGCUCCACCCUGAAGACCCGCUGUUCCAGACGUUCUCAGGAGAAACAGUGAGGUAUAAAGGCACUGAACCUCUCUAUCCUUUCUUCAUCAACGAAUGCGCUUACUACGAGAAGGGCAUCGCUCUCUCCCUGGCAAGAAAGAGGCGCAUCACGAUUCCUGCAAUCCGGGUGCAGACGGAGCAGGAGCAACAAGCUAAUGAGCAGGGAUUUGCAUCAGAAGAAGAGGAGUGAAGACGUU